GAAUUCGGUCUCCUCAGUUAAGUUUGUUUAAAAAAUAUAAACAAAAUAUUUGUUGAAUUUAUCAGUCCUAUUUUUAUAAGAUUCGAGUUAACUUUCUGAACAUGGCUUGUUUGCUAUGCUUUUCAACAACAACACCUGAUGAAUGUAUUAAUAUUUAUGAUUAUGGUGACAGCAACAUGAUUACAGGAGCAGAAUUAAUUCAGAAACAUUUUCCGUUCUAUGAGCAAGUAUUGACGGAAGAAGUCUUAAAUAGUAAUCAAACUGUCCUUUGCAAGAGUUGUUGGAUAAAUUUGGAAAACUUUCAUGAGUUGUUCAUUUGUGUUGCGUCAAAUUACAAUGCAAAUAUUGAAGAUAUUAAUUUAUAUGCAAAAGAAGUCAACGAUGCUAAAAAUGAUAGUAACACUGAGGACUUUAUAAUAUAUGACGCUGAAGUGAAGGAAAAUGAGAUGGAGUUAAUCAAAGUUGAAGUCAUGAAUAGUGAUGUAGCAGAAUAUAUGGGAACGGAAUGGAUUGAAGAAGUAACAGAAGAGAUCACACCACGACCAUUGCAAUUGCAUAAGAAAUUGAAAACAAAACAUUUGUCCCAAGUUUCAUCUGAUAGUCCGAAAAUGUCUCGACAAACUGCAACACCGAUUUUCGACAGUGCAGAUGAUCAAAGAAUUCGAGACACGGCAAAAAUGAAUUGUGAAAUUUGUGGUGAUUCCGUUGACAACUUGCGAGAUGCAAAGUCACAUUACAAACAAUUUCAUGGUGUUGAAGGAUAUUUGAUGUGCUGUGAGAGACGUUUCAAGCAAAGAUGUCGACUUGUAGAGCAUGUGAAUACUCACUACAAUUUUGGAUAUAAUUGUCACAUAUGCUCGAAAACAUUCGAUUCGAAAUCUUAUCUCUCCAAGCAUCUUGCUUGUCACGAUGAAACUAAACCAUUCUCUUGUGCUCAUUGUCCAAAGAGUUUUUCGAGGAAAUUUCAAGUACGCAACCAUCUUAUGAGUGUUCAUAUCUUUGACAACAUUGAACCGUCUUUUGAAUGUCCUAAAGAAAAUUGUCAUAAAAAGUUUGUUAAUCCAGCAAGAUUAAAACAUCACAUAGAUUACACUCAUUCAAUGAAUCACAUUGAAAUAUGUGAAAUUUGUUCCAAGACAUUCCGAACCAAGAAUGCUAUUGACGAGCAUAUGAAAACUCACGCAAGAAAAGCAGAAGAUCGAAUUCGUUGUGAAAUUUGUGGACAUUAUUUAGCAGAUCUCAAAUCGUAUAAUCGCCAUGUAAAGAAUCAUGGAACGGAGCAACUCGACAACACUUGCAGUCACUGUGGCAAAAAGUCACCAAAUUUAAAUGCAUUAAGAAAGCACAUCAAAUAUGUUCACGAGAUGGAAAAGAAUCAUCAAUGCCGGUUUUGUGAGAAGAGUUUUAAGCGUCCUCGAGACUUGAUUGAUCAUGAAGCAGCUUUGCACACAUUGCAAGAUCUUUAUGCCUGCAGCUUUUGUUCGAAAACUUUUCGCAAUCAAUCCAAUAUGUUGGCACAUCGGAAGAAGAUGCAUCCAGAUCAAUACAAGAAACCAGCAUACAUGCGAGACGAUGUACUAUCGUGAAUAUCUACUAUAAUUAAAUUUGAAAUGUAGUUUAGUUAUUUUAUAAAAGAAAUAAAAUAUUUUAAUAUCGAAU